UGUUCAAAUGCAAGCGAGGCUUUGGAGAUCAAUUUUUGGGUUCUCGAGAUUUCAGAUUAUCAAUACAAGAGCAUCAAACUUCUCUACAGACCAUUCCUUUGGUUUCCCUUCACGGUCUUUUCUUGAUUCUGAAGCAAUCACAAGAGCUUUAAUAUGGUGCAGACAAACUCAGACUCUCGGCAAUGGAGAAGCACUUCAUUCCCGGAUGAUCAGGCUUGGAUUAUAUCGUUAUGUUUAUCUUUCAAACAACUUGAUAUCUAUGUACGCUGGCUUCAACCUUUAUGACGAUGCAGCAAAGUUGUUCGAUGAAAUGCCUCAAAGGAAUGUGGUAACGUGGACAGCUUUGAUAUCAUCAUAUUCUCUUGCGGGAAAUCCAGCUGAAGCUCUAAAAAUGUUUGUGGAAAUGUUGGAUGGCAGAUUGGAAGAGCCUAAUUGCUAUACUUUCUCUGUUGCCUUAAAAGCUUGUGCAAAGUUAGGGGAUCUUGACAUGGGGAAGUGGGUGCACAAACAAAUUCAAAAAUUUCAGUUGCAAUUUGAUACUGCGCUGAUAAAUGCAGUCAUUGAUAUGUAUGUUAAAUGUGGCAGUCUGGUAGAAGCUAGGAAAAUAUUUGAUAUGAAAAUUUCUCUCAAUUCUGCUUCAUGGAAUACCAUGAUUUGUGGUUAUUGUAAUGUGGGGGAAAUGAUUGAGGCAGAGAAUCUGUUUUGUGAAAUCUCCAUGCCUGAUGCUGUCUCAUUUAACACCUUGAUUAUGGGAUUUGCAAGUAUGGAGAAUCCUAAAGCAUUACAUUAUGUUACUUUGAUGCACAAACAUGGAUUUAAGCUUGAUUGCUUUACCCUACCUUGUGCUCUAAAGGCUUGUGGUAGCAUAAGUGAGAGUGGAAUGGGAAAACAACUCCAUAGCUACAUCAUUAGAUGUGGCUUAUGUAUGGUAUCAUCUCUCAUUAACAUGUAUGGAAAUUGUGGCCAUGUAGAUGCUGCAGUGAAGUUGUUUGAUGAGUGCUCUAAUUACAACUUGUCACUUGUUGACAGAUUGUCCCAUCUGAAUUCAAUGCUUUCUGCCUAUGCUAAUAAUGGAUACGACAGCUGUGUUCUAUAUCUGCUUUCAAAGAUUCAUAGUUCAGAAGUCGAGCUUGAUACAUUAUCCCUCUCGAGCGCUUUAAAGGCUUGUAUUAACUUGAACAUUAUCAGAGUUGGGCUUCAGGUGCAUGGGUUAAUAAUUAUCAAAGGAUACCAUGUAGAUCAUGUUGUCGGAAGUAUCCUAGUGGAUCUUUAUGCAAAAUGUGGACAAUUGGAAGAUGCCGUGAAGAUAUUUUUUGGGCUUCACAGAAAGGAUUUAGUUGCAUGGACUGGAUUGAUAACUUCGUGUGUUCAGAAAGGUAUGAACGAGUUUGCAUUGGCUGUAUUUAGGGAUAUGAUAAGUAUUCAAUGUGAAGUAGACCACUUCGUUGUCUCCAUUAUUUUAAAAGCUUGUGCAGCUCUAUCAUGGCUUCAAAGUGGUGAACAGCUCCAUGUUUUAUGCAUAAAGGGUGGGUUUGAAAUGGAGAGUGUUAUCGUUACUUCUCUCAUUGAUGUAUAUUCUAAGUGUGGUCACAUAGAAUAUGCUCUGAGAUUGUUUGAAGCUUCAACUAAGAAGGACAUAGUCUGUUGGACCGGAAUAAUUGUGGGUUGUGGGAAUAAUGGAAGAACUGAUGAAGCGUUUCAGCUCUUUAAUCUGAUGUUGGAGUCGGGGGAGCAGCCAAAUGAGAUUACAUUCCUGGGUGUUCUCUCUGCUUGUAGACAUGCUGGUUUAGUCAGCCAUGCAAAUAGUAUUUUUAAAGCCAUGGAACAGAAGCAUGGAUUAAAGCCGUUUUUAGAGCACUAUUGUUGCAUGAUAGAUAUAUAUUGCCGUGCUGGGUUGUUUGAUGAAGCUAUGCAGUUGAUUUCAGGAAUGCCUUAUGAGCCAGAUGAAAAAAUAUGGAAUUCCAUGCUAGGGGCAUCUGUGAUGCAUCAGAAUGUAUCCAUGGGUAGAUUUUCUUUGAGUAAUUUGCAGAAGUUUUCUAGAAAAGAUGCAUCAGGAUUUGUUUCUCUCUCAAAUGUUUAUGCUGGCCAUGAUCUUUGGGGCCGUUCAGCUGAGAUGAGGGAGGUCGCCAGAAGUUUAAGCUUGAAGGAACCUGGAAGAAGCUGGACUCAAGCAAGGAAUUAGGAGAAUUUAUUACGUGCUGAUUAUGUAUGUAAGUGGUCUACAUAUGGAUAACACGAAUACACUGCUGUGUAUUCAUCGUGUACUGGAAAAAGGAGUACACAACGAGUACAUCUUGUAAGGAGAAAUUAUUCAGUGCAGAGGCCGGAUGCGCCGUUAGAAGACCAAUCAGAAUGUGCCACGUCAGUGUUAUCGAGCUGCGUAUAGAGCAGUUCUGAGCCGUGGUACCAAGCACAGGGGUGUGUGUCUCAUUCUGGUUGGACUCUAGAUGGCAUUUGAUGUUCGCACAGAAUAAUUAAUUGCUUGUAAGACAGAUGGCUUUGUAUGUCAAGUUCCUUCAUCAACAUGUGAAUUUAUGGAAACAUUACUUUGUUUUUCCUUUUCAA